AUGGUUGCUGCCUCCUCCGCCACCUCCGUCCACGACUUCACCGUCAAGGAUGCUAGCGGGAAAGAUGUGGACCUUAGCACCUACAAGGGGAAGGUUCUGCUCAUAGUCAAUGUUGCAUCUCAGUGUGGCUUGACCAAUUCCAACUACACAGAGCUGAGCCAGUUGUAUGAGAAGUACAAGGACCAGGGUUUUGAGAUCCUUGCUUUCCCAUGCAACCAGUUCGGUGGGCAGGAGCCUGGCACUAAUGAGGAGAUUGUCCAGUUUGCUUGCACUCGCUUCAAGGCUGAAUAUCCAAUUUUCGACAAGGUUGAUGUCAAUGGCGACAAUACUGCACCCAUCUACAAGUUCCUGAAGUCCAGCAAAGGUAGUCUCUUUGGUGAGAACAUAAAAUGGAACUUCUCCAAGUUCUUGGUUGACAAAGAGGGGCGUGUUGUGGAGCGGUACGCACCAACAACUUCCCCACUGAGCAUCGAGAAGGACAUCAAGAAGCUACUAGGGAGUUCUUCAACCUUGUAA